AUGAGAUGUUCGAUUUGUGAUCGCUCAGCAGCGCCCACCAAGACGCUCUCCUCUUUGACGAACUCGCUUGGAUUUCUUGGUCACUACGUUUUGUUGUAUGCGUACAAUCCAGUGACUGACUCGUUUCUCAUGAAAGACCCGGCAACGGAUCGGCAGACUUGCGUCAUUUCAGGAGAGAAUCUUGACGAGGCUAGAUUGGCGUUUGGGACCGAUCAGGACAUCAUUUUUAUCAGUGAUCUAGAGGGAGAAACGGCUUCUUAUGCGUCGUCUAUGCAGGUCACCAGGGGAUGAAGCAUGUUGUGUUGCGAGUCUGAAGCACAUUUCAUACAUUCCAAAAAUGACAUUUUAGUAUGUGUGGCCAACCACACAAUCCCUCAUGAAAGGGAUCCAAACGUGAUGCUUCGUGGCGUCAACAUGCAUGAAAGGCGUUGUGCAUAACUUUGAGAAAGCUGUCGUCCUCAAUGCGGAUUUCACUUCGACUAUGAGUAUGGUCUCGACUAUGAGUAUGGUCUCCAGGACGGCCAACAUCGUGGGGAAGAGAGGCCCGUGCUCUCGUCAGCAUUGAUGUCCACAUUCACUUCAAAGAAGUCUAUACAGUGUCGAAGCGAGCAGAGUCAUGGUUCAUAUCAGAAGGGUACACUACCGUACGGUACACAUCAUGCUUUUAUCUGCAUCGGGGUUUCGGCUGAGAUAGAUACUGCCUAGUAUCUGUUCUACUCUUGUCGACCUCUAGCACUAGAGAUGCACAUCCAUUGAUCCUCUUGCUUACACGCUUGUGCACGUGCGCCCCUACGUACAACAUGACACUACUAAGAACAGCUGCUUUCCUUCGCAUGUUCGAUUCGCGCAGUUUCCUCGCUUAGACUUUCUGGUGAGAGGGAAGUUCGACUGAAUGAUACUCACGUUAUCAAGUUUGGAAUCUAGCGUUACUGCAUGCCGUAGUUACCGCAGAGCAAAGGCUCAAAAAAGACACCUCCACUUACGCGCACGAUGAAGAGAGGUGACCUUCGUUAGAAACAGUACAGAGUACAGAGUGCAGAGAGAACUCGCGAAGCCAAUCGGACGAGCCCAACAUCGUGGGAGAUGUUGAUCAGCGCAUCUUCUCAAAGGGAAACGAAUGUUUCCCUUUCAGAAGACAAAUAUUAUUUGUCUGGCGUCUUCAUUUCUGCGUUUCUACUCCCAUGGUGUUUCGUUUGCCUCAAUCGUUGAUACUGUUCCUCUGAUAUUAUUUCAAACCAAUCUCACUAACAGACCACAUUCAGAGGUGAGAGCUUACUUCAGGUGAUGGCUGUGUGUUGGCUUUGAAAAGAGAUGGACUCUGGAGGAGGAUGGGCUUGAAGAAUUAGACGUAGGAUACCUACACCAGCACUUAUGCAAGAGGAGGUACCAGCUGCUUUGGAUCGCAUGUGUGCUUUUUGUUGCAGUGUCGGUGCUUAGCUCGUCUGGUAUGCCGCAGAUGGGCCUGGGGCCAACUUUGUUCACUCCUGUGCAGUUUAAUCCGCUGCUCUACGUCAUGUGUUUGUUAUUGGAGUUGCACUUUUAUUUCUUCUCUGUUGCCGCGGUUGCGAAAACUCAUAUUACGUCUGGAUACUGCCGCCCAAUGCAAGUCCUUGUGCUUGUGCAUUACAGACAGCCUCACAAUGCGCCACCGCGUUCAAAUCCAGGAGGUUCGGCCCUCCUUCGCACCAUUUUGAUAUUGGUGUUGCUACAGAAUACGGAUAGCAACAGCUGCGCCUUUCAAAGAUGGAUGAAGAAUAAACCCUACAAAAUAGCCCCUGGUAUGGGCGCGCUAUGACUUCAAAGUCUUUCUCAACG